UUCACAUGCACACACAUGCAUACUAGGGCUGUAACAAUAUGCGAUUUGAAACCGAAAUCGCAACACGCAUAUUCACUAACCUGUGUCGUGGUGUGAAAAGGCACUAGAAUGGGUGUGUCGCGGGCGCAUAAGCAACACAUAUCUCCUGCUUUACUUACUGGUAGCCUACGUUGUCCAAAAAUACAUAAAUGAAACAUAAUUUCGUACCUCUCGUUACUUUCAUUGUAGACUAUGCGUGCAACUUUACCAAACAGUAUAGAAGUACUUGUUCUUGGGGAUUUCAACAUUCACAUUUGUUGCCCAUCAAAACCUUUGGUUCAUGAGUUUUUAUGCAUAGUGGACUCUUUUGACCUCACUCAAUCAGUGAUGGCACCAACACAUCAGAAAGGCCACACUCUAGACCUUGUACUUUCCUCUGGCUUUUCUGUGUCUAAUUUAGAAAUUGUUGAUAUUGGUAUCUCUGACCACUCUAUGAUUUUGUUUGAAUGCUCUAUGUUUUGUUCCCCUGUCUCUCCGCCCAAGUCCCACUCCUUUGUCCGAGCCAUAAAUUCAACCACAGCUUUACAUUUCUCUAACACCUUUAUGCUUACUCAGUCACCUGCUAUCAAUGAUGUCCUGUCCACCUGCUCUGAUACGGAAGAAUUAGUUAAUCUCUUCAACACUUCCUGUUCCGCUACUCUAGACUGUGUUGCUCCUUUAAAACUAAAACGGUCAAAAACCAACUCCACUCCCUGGUUUAAUGAUUCUACCCAUUCUCUUAGACAAGUGUGUAGGAGAAAUGAAGGAAAAAAGACAAACUCCAAGUCUCUUAUAACAUUUUUAGAGAUUCUCUAAAGAUGUACCAAAACUCUUAAGUCAGCUAGAACAGAGUAUUACUCUAAGUUGAUUGCCAGUAAUGCUCACAGACCAAAAAUAUUGUUUAGUACCAUCAACUCUCUUUUAAAUCCUCCUGCUGCUGUUCUCUUUAUCACUCCCACCACUGAAAACUGUGAGAAGUUUCUCAAUUUCUUCAUUGAUAAGAUUAAUAACAUUAAAUCUCAAAUUCCUUCCUUAAUUUCUGAUCCCUCAGUUAUAAAACUCUCACCCAGCUGCCUUCAGCAGUGGCAACCAGUGUCUCCCUCCCAGCUAUUUGAAGUGGUCUUUCAUAUGAAAUCCUCCUCUUGCCACUCAGAUGUUUUACCUUCACACCUGUUUAAGGAAGUUUUUAACAUCAUUUGCCCUGUUGUUUUGGCCAUUAUCAACAGCUCUCUAUCUACUGCAGUGGUCCCCUCUAGUUUUAAGCAUGCAAUUGUCCAACCUCUACUAAAGAAGCCCAGUCUUGAUUACAGUGACCUGAAAAACUAUAGGCCUAUUUCCAAAUUACCUUUUGUUUCAAAGAUCCUGGAAAAAGUUGUUCUCUCUCAGGUCACUUCUUAUUUGAAUGCUUUUAACAUCCUAGAUACAUUUCAGUCAGGUUUUAGAACACUUCUUGACCUUAGUGCUGCUUUUGAUACCAUUGACCAUAGCAUCCUGUUAAAACGUCUGGAGGUUGAAGUUGGUCUGCAAGGGGUGGUGUUGAAAUGGUUCACAUCAUAUCUGAAUGAUAGAACAUUCUCUGUAAGAUUAGGUAAUUGCUCUUCGUCCAUUGCACCUAUCAAAUGUGGUGUCCCUCAGGGUUCCAUUUUAGGCCCUCUGCUAUUCUCCCUAUAUAUGCUGCCUCUUGGCUCCAUUUUUAACAAACAUAACAUUCAAUAUCACUGCUAUGCUGAUGACUCUCAAUUCUAUCUGCCAUUAACAGCCGAAAGUUCCUGCACCUUGGAAAGCCUGUUUAACUGCUUUAAUGACAUAAAGAGUUGGAUGGCUGCAAACUUCUUACAAUUAAAUGAAAAGAAAAGAGAUAAUUAUUUUUGGUCCACUCAGCUCUGUUCCUAAGAUAAGAAAUGCACUUGGGCCACUGGCUGUAAAUUGCCACAGUGAGGUCAGAAAUCUAGGUGUUUUCCUAGAUUCCUCUUUGAAUUUCAAUAAGCAAGUCAGUAGUGUGGUUAAGGGAAGCUUUUUUCAACUAAGACGAAUAGCUAAAUUAAAGCCCUGGCUCUCAUAUACUGACGUAGAAACUGUAAUCCAUGCUUUUGUUACAUCUAGGCUGGACUAUUGUAACUCUCUGUAUUUAGGUCUGAACCAAUCUACCCUUGCUAGACUUCAAUUAGUCCAAAAUGCAACAGCUAGGCUUCUUACUGGAACAAAGAAACAUAUGCACAUAAGUCCUGUGCUGGCCCAACUCCAUUGGUUACCUGUCAAUUACAGAAUUCAUUUUAAAGUUUUACUUUUUGUUUUCAAAGCCCUAAAUGGAAUGGCACCACAGUCUAUCUUUGACCUUUUAAGUCCCUACUGUCAUUCUAGGCCACUGAGGUCUUCCUCACAACUUCUAUCAGUCCCAAAGGCAACCCUUAAAACUAAAGGUGACAGAGCUUUUUCUGUUGCUGCCCCUAGACUCUGGAACAAUCUCCCUAUAGAAAUUAAGUCCUCUCCCACCAUCAGUAGUUUUAAAUCAAAUUGAAAAUUCUCAGGUUAAUAUAUAUUAUGAUUAUGAUGACACCCAAUGGGCCUGCCUUGCAUUGCGCCCCCACCUGGCCAAGCAAGUACAUGUGGC